UCUUCUCUUUUGAUUUGGAUCUUUAAAUCUCACCACCAUCGUCAUCGUCAUCGUCAUCACGCUUCAUACUACCAGGAAUCGGAAACCAUCGUCGGCGGCCAGCCCUGCCAUCACCCGUCUGCGCGCACCGCGUUUGAUGUACUGUCUCAGCCCUACUGGUGGUUCCCUUCGGAUACCGGCCGUGGGCCCGUGGCGCUCUCUCUGCUCCGCCUCUUGGUAUAACCGUUACGGAUCCUCAGUCAGCAAAUACUAGGCAUCUCACUUAGCAGAAUUACUACUGCUUCUCAGGUCACACGUCAGCCGCCCUAUUUGGACAAAGAAGGCGUGCCCAAUCUCUGGUCUGAUCCAUUCCCAUCUCAUUGUUAUCCUUGUACUGGUUCGGAGAGUGAAUACAGAGAACAUCUGCAUUCGCGGCGCAUUCGACAAACCACAGCGGAUGACCGCAUAAACCAGACUAUAAGCGACGGAAAAUGAACAUUGGUCCAGCACGGGAGGUCCAAUAAGCAGAACGGAAGACAAUUCAAUCAACUUGAAACUCGAAAAACCAUGCGCAGCAUGCGUUCGUGCUCAUCGUGUGUCCUCCUUUAUAUCAUGGCUCUCUUCGGCCAGGAGGCGAUGGCGUCGCAAGCGGAGGCAUCGUUGAAGAAAGAGACGGUUCACAGGGUCCCAAAGAAGCCAGAAAUCACACCUCCUCCGCAGCCAUUACGACUGAAACGAAGAGGAGACGACGAUCUUACUUGCCCCGUCAACCAUUCGCUAUGUCCCGAGUCCUUGGGUGGAGGUUGUUGUCCAGAUCAGUAUGAGUGUGCAAGCGAUGCAUGCUCGGCGACAACAGCGGCAGUGGGUACGGCGUGCGGGAAAGUAGGAUAUUAUUAUUGUCCCAUCACCGCCGGACAGGGAUGCUGUCCCGAAGGCUGGGUUUGUGACGCCGUAAGAGGUUGUAUAGCACCAUUCGGGGUAACAAACACGUUCACAUCAUGCCCUGCCAGCUAUAGACUCUGUCCGUCAUCUUACAACUACGGCUGUUGCCCGAACAACAUGGGAUGUGCAGUCGACGCAUGUUACUCAACAGAGCCAUUCAGCACCACCCUAGUCGACAUUAUCACCACCAUCUCUGGCGGCAAGACCAUCACCACCACCCAAAUCUCCGCUGUCCUCACCACCCCAACACCUCCUCCCGCCCUCACAGGCAUCGACGACAACUCCGGCGCCAUCCCAAAAUUCCUCCCUAGCUCCGUUCCCAAAGCCUCUGCUAUCCCUAAGGAUACCAAGGACAGCGACGGUAGCGGCGGUCUCAAUGGCGCCCAACUAGGCGGCAUAAUCGGCGGGGCCAUCGCUCUUCUAAUCAUUGUCAUCAUCGCCGCCUUCCUCAUCAUCCGUCGCCUCAAACGGGUUGAAUCCGCCAUGGAAUCUAAAAAGGGUUCCACAUCCGGCUACCACUCCAAAGCCUCCAAGACCAGCGCCUCCCAAGCGCAGAUGGAACAAUCCGGCCGGUUCCUGCACGUCAGAGCGCCUUCGGACACUGAUAACGCCAGCGCCGAUCCUCUAAUGUUCAUGUCCGAGACGAACACGCCCGGGGAUCAUACGACGAAUGCUAGCAGUUUGGCGGGGACGCCGCAGCCUGGUGCUCACGGUGUUGUUGGCGACGGCAGUGGUAUUGGGAGACAUGGGAGGUCGGGGAGCGAUACUACUUACAUGGCUUCGCCUCACGGCGCUGGGAACAACAACAACGGGAGCGAACUGGCCAGUCCCGACCCUAACCGGGGAUAUUUCGACGGUGCUUCACCACCUCUUCCCUCCUCCUCCCAUACUACCUCUACCACCUAUGCUGGUGGCCAUAACGGCAAUGGCCACGGCAUGCGUGAGAGUGUGGACAGCCAAAGCACCGGGUUGGGAUACCACUACAGCAGCACCACCCGCAACCAACACCAACACCACUGGCGAAACCAGAGUAACGCAAGCGAACUCUCCGCCGACGGAAGCGAGAUCACGCACGGAGUGGCAAGUCCCUUGGUCGGCGGCUCCUCGCAUGCUAGAGGCGCGUCAGGCGGUACUAGUUACCGUUACACUCACACUCACACUCACAGUCACAGUCACAGCGGACUAGGUGACGUCCCGGAGCUAGAUUCCUCAGGCAUGUUCGUCGAGUUACCCGCUACCACCACCACCACCACCGCCAGCGCCAGCGCCUCUCUCCCGCCGCGCAACUCAUUUGGUCUAUCAUCGGCUUCGAGGAGGAGGCGGACUACUGGUGGUGGUAGUAACCCCAAUACCUCCUCUACCCCUCAGAGCCCUAACACCGACAGCACCCAGCAACAACAACAACAACAACAACAACAACAACAACAACAACAACAACAAAACAACUUGGUAGACGUCCGCUCCGAACCAGAAACAGCCGAGUUCAUCACCCGUCCUCAUCACCAGCAACAGCAACAGCAGCAACAGCAACAGCAGCAACAGCAGCAACAGCAACAACAACAGCACACCUCUCUAGACGGCUACUACGGCCCCGCAAAAAGACAAGUAGGCCAAACCGCCGCCUCUGGACUAGGUUUUGUGCCGGAGAGGUGGGACGGGAGCUCACCGGGUGCGUACCCGAUGGGAUUUCCAAUGAUUAGCGUGCCGGGAUAUGGACUUGGUGUUAGUAGUAGUGGUGGUGUUAGCAGUGGUGGUGGUGGUGGACCUGCUGAGGAAGGUCAUGAUGAGGAGGAGGAGGGAGAGGGCGAUAUUGACGAUGAUGAUCAUGUUGAUGAUGAUGAUGAUGAUGAUGAUGAUGAUGAGAAAGUGAACGAGGAGGGGAUGAAAGGGAGAAAGCAGCACGGGAGCGGGAAUGAGAAUGGGAAUGGGCAGCAAUGAUGACGAUUAUGAGGAAAGUAACUCAAGUAAAGAGGUCCGUGGUAAGGUUAGAGGGUAUGUAUUGAGGACAGAUAGUAGUGGACGAAUGGGGUCCAAAGCAGCCCAGGGGAUGGAUGGAUGGAUGGACUCCUAGAGUAGGACUGAUUGAUACCUAUGCUUGGAGAAAUGAUGAUACCCAGUUUAGUUUUUAGGUAGUUUUGAUUUUCCGAACACGAUUAUGCAUAUCCAUUCACUAGGUACCUACUAUUAAACAAUUUGUACACGCUUCUGUACCCGAUGAUGCUUGAUCCAAGUGUCGAGGCUUAUCACAUGGGUCAACAUGGAGCGAUAUUAUUACGACGUCUUGAAGGUAACUCCAAGUAUCAUCAAACACUUGUUCCU